AUGGGCAAAACAGGCGGCCUUGCUGCCAAGCUGCGAGAUAAGCAUUGUCCAACGCUGCUUAACAUACACUGUGUUUGCCACAGGCUUGCACUUGCCUGCACACACUCUGUGGGAGACAUUGCUCAGGUUGGAAGAGUGGAAACAAACUUGCAACAACUAUGGAAGUACUUUGACAACUCCCCAAACCAUCUCUCUGUGUACACUAAGGUUCAAGAAAAGCAGAAGCAAGUUCACCUGAGCAUGGAUGGUAGGAAGAAGGUUACAAAGCGUCUCCAAAAGGCAUAUAAGACGAAAUGGUUGUCUUUCGACAAGGCUGUAAAAGCUGCUCAUGAAGAUCUUGACUACAUACUUUUGUGCUUGAGUGAACUGGCAGAUGGACUGUUGAAGAAGUUUAAGUCUCCAGACUGGAUAGCAGCCCUGUACAUACUUACAAAUGUUCUACCUGUGCUAUCACUAUUAUCAUGA